AUGGCCGUCGUUUCAAAACCAACAGUUGACAUCCAGUCAUACCCAGGCAACAUCAUCAACGGCAAAUUCGUGCCAACAGCAAAGACACGGAACACAAUAGACCCAGCCACCGAAAAGCCGCUGUGGCCCGCCCCAUUCGCAACCAAAGAGGACCUCGACGUCGCCGUCAAACACGCCAAGAAUGCAUUCAAGACUUGGUCGCAGACAACCUUCCAGGAGAGAUCCGAGCUUAUGCUGGCCUACGCAGACGCCAUAGAGGCCAACCGCGAAGAGCUCGAGAAGCUGGACACGAUGGAGACGGGAAAGCCUGCCCUCGUCUCCAAGACGGAGUUUGACAUGGUGAUCCAAUGGCUUCGGGCAUUUGCCGCCAUGGACCUCAAGGACGAGAUCUUGGAAGAAAACGACGAGCGCACCGUAUACGCCACGCACCGGCCGCUGGGCGUGUGCGGCGCCAUCGUGCCUUGGAACUGGCCUGCCCUCCUCGGCCUGGGCAAGGUCGGGCCUGCGCUGAUGACGGGAAACACCAUCAUCAUGAAGCCGUCGCCGUUUAGUCCGUACACCGACCUGAAGCUGUGCGAGCUCGGCAUGUCCAUCUUCCCGCCGGGCGUCUUCCAAGCUCUCAGCGGCGAUGAUGCUCUCGGCCCCUGGAUGACGGACCACCCCGACAUCAGGCUCAUCACGUUUACUGGCUCUGUCCGCACCGGCAAGCUUGUUGCUGCGAGCUGCUCCAGGACGCUGAAGCGGUGCGUUCUCGAGCUCGGUGGCAACGACGCCCUCAUCGUGUGCGAGGACGUCGACAUUCCUAAAUGCUUGCCCAAGAUUGCCACCAUGACCUUUAUCAACUCGGGGCAGAUUUGCAUGCUGGCGAAGCGAAUCUUUGUUCACGAAAAGAUAUACGACAAGUUCAGAGACGCCUUGGUCGAGUUUACCAAGGAGAAUGUCAAGACGGGAGGCGGGUUUGAGCCGGGCGUUUUGGUUGGACCCAUCCAAAACAAGAUGCAGUUUGACUUGGUCAAGGGCAUCUACCAGGACGUCAAGACGUCGGGAUACAAGGUAGCUCUCGACGGCAAGGUGCUCGACUCGGCCACCGGCUACUUCGCCGAGCCCGCCAUCGUCGACAACCCUCCCGACGACUCCCGCAUCGUCCUCGAGGAGCCGUUCGGCCCCAUCGUGCCGCUCCUCAAGUGGUCUUCAGACGACCAAGUGGUUGAGCGGGCGAACUCGCUGGAUAUCGGCCUCGGCGCAUCGGUCUGGGGUAAAGACCUGGCGCGCGCGGAGAGGUUGGCGCGACAGUUGAGCGCCGGCAGCGUCUGGGUGAAUUCGCACUUUGACGUGGCGCCCAACGUCCCGUUUGGAGGCACCAAGGAGAGCGGAUUGGGGAGGGAAUGGGGAGUUGAGGGCUUCAAGCAGUUUACGGACCACACGAGCUUGUGGGUGUGGAAGAAGAUUUUCGAAUGA